CCCACUGUAUAUAUUUUUAAUAUAUGAUUUCAUUUCAGAUUUUCUUUUUUGAUUGUGAUCAUGAAAAUCUUUGUGCAUGUCUGAACAAUUUUCCUUUGGGUUUUUCUAAUCUCAUAUUUUUAAAGCGUAAAAGAAGUUUGUGUGUAAUUUAAUUGUCAUUUCUAUUUUGUUGGCAAAUGGGUUUUUUCAGUUUCUAUCUUGGACUUUUCAAGUUCACCUGAAUUUGUACAUAUUUUUGAAUCCCAAUAUGUUUAGACUAUUUUCUAAAUUUUCUUGCUUUUUGAAUCCCAAUAAAAUUUAAGUUGAGAAGUGCUCUUGUUUUUUUUUUUUUUGUUUUUUUAAUCAAUGGCAGCUCUAAAGUGUCUUGCUUCUUGCAAUGAAUACUAUCAGUGUGCUGUUAAAUUUUCUGAUUUUAGAGUAAAGAAGUUUGGUAUGAGAAGCUAUAAAAUAAAGUGUGAAGAAAGGGGUUGUUUGGAUUUAGAUGAAGAGAAGGGUGCAAGGAAGAAGCCUCGGAUUUUGAUUGCCGGAGGAGGUAUUGGGGGGCUAGUUCUGGCUCUGGCAGCAAAGCACAGAGGUUUUGAAGUGAAGGUGUUUGAGAAGGAUUUGAGUGCGGUGAGGGGUGAGGGUCAGCACCGCGGCCCAAUUCAGCUUUCGAGUAAUGCUUUAGCAGUUUUGGAAGCCAUUGAUAAGGAUGUCAUGAAGCAAAUUUUGAAAGCAGGUUUUGCUAGCGGUAAUAGGACCAAUGGCUUUGCUGACGGAUUAUCUGGGAAAUGGUAUGCUAUCAAGUAG